CUUCCUAGUGGCUUUGAGAUGUCUGGUCGCGGCAAGGGCGGGAAGGGCCUGGGCAAGGGCGGCGCCAAGCGGCACCGCAAGGUCCUGCGCGACAACAUCCAGGGCAUCACCAAGCCCGCCAUCCGGCGCCUGGCCCGCCGCGGCGGCGUCAAGCGCAUCUCGGGCCUCAUCUACGAGGAGACCCGCGGCGUGCUGAAGGUCUUCCUGGAGAACGUGAUCCGCGACGCCGUCACGUACACGGAGCACGCCAAGCGCAAGACGGUCACGGCCAUGGACGUGGUGUACGCGCUCAAGCGCCAGGGCCGCACGCUCUACGGCUUCGGCGGCUGAGGACCCCGCGCCCUCCCCCACCACCAACAAAGGCCCUUUUCAGGGCCGCCCACUUACUCUGAAAUGAGCCUUGACACUUGAUCGAUAUGCGAUCGGUAUGCUGUAUCCCUAUUCUGCAGCCUUUUGUAAUAGGACGUUUUAUUUGCAAUCGUCUUUGGUAGUGUUUGCUCCAUUUGUAGAUAAACUCACCUUCACGCUCCCGAGUGUACGCGCUCCAGCUGAGAGCUUGCACUACGCUUUUGCCCAAGCUAACUGUAGGACACCUGCGUU